CUAAAUCCUAUACCCCGUGAAAUUUACUGUGGGCUAGGCCUUUCCGGAAUACUUAGUGUAUUGGGUAAUCAAAGAUUUCCGCCAAGCCCCACCAGAAUCUGGCAACGUAACUAUUUAAACGUCGAUAGUUUUCUUUUGGGAUCUUAAAGCAUGACAUACCAUGAACCAAUAGGUUAGUAGCAGAUGUUAUAUUUAAAGUAUUUUUACCAACUUUGGACAAGGUUUGUUGCUUCCAACCUUGGAGUUUUUUAAUGAGCAUCUCUUCCAUAUAUUGGAAUGACUCCUUUUUUUUAUCUAGAUAUUAUUGGGGGAGACCUGGAUAACAAUCUUGUUCACAAAUGCUACCCACACCUAGUUGCAAACAUUACCAAAUCUCAUGGUAUGGUAUGAUUCUCUAAAUCGAUACAUCUAAUUUAUUUAUAUAUUUUAGUUAGAUGUAUUAUUUUAAUAUAUGAAUUUGAAAAUAGAUUAUUUGAAGUUUGAAUGAUUUAGUUGAAGUCAGCAGAAUACCCGUGAAGUAUGUUAAUGAAACAUAGCAAUUUGAUUUAGAUCAUGGGUUCAUUGCAUACUUCACGAGCGCGAAGUGCAAUCAGGAAGCUUGCACUCACAUGCUAUAUAAAGGAGAGUGAGCAAAAUUUGAAGAGAGAGUUGAGCGUUGUUCUUCAAAGCGAGACAAAGAGCUACGAGCAAGUAGGACUUGAAGGUGAAUUUGACCUAAUUGGAGGGCAGAUACCAUCUCCAAACAUCCAUCCAAGCAACUAGGAAAAGAAUAAUAAUUUUCCCAUGAGUUUUUCUUCUAUUCUAGUUGUUCUUUCUCUUAUAGUUAUGUAGUAGUUACUCUAUUCACUUGAAUGUUAGCAACCCUAGUCUAGGAUGUUGUAUAUUGAUUUAUAUAUUGAUGGGUAUUGUGAUUUAUGGGUAUUGUAGUUCGUAAACUCAUUGUGUUGAUGGGUAUUGUGAUUUAUAUAUUGAUUGAGCUAUUUCCAUGAAAAUUGAGUGUUCUUGAUCAAAUCUCUUAAUUUUAUUGCAAAUUGACCUGUGAGGGAGAAAAUCCCCUUAGUGCAAUGUGGUCACUCCUCAAUCAUCAUAGAGAGUCAUGAAUCGUUGUGAUUGGUGACUCUACGCCAUUCCAGGUUAAUCUCUGAGGGAGUGGAAUUGAUUGUCAUGGUCGUCUUUUGUGGUUGUAUGGUAUGCUCCUCCGAUUAUAUCGAUUAAGCGGGCUAGUGUGCACUCGAAUAUGGGGUCCUAGCUAAUUUAGAUCUCCUAACAGUAUAUGAAUGCUUACCUAUCGCACUAGAGUACACAUUUUCAUCUCAAAACGGGACUAGGGGGAAUACCAUUUAAGUGAACUUUCUCUAUUAAAUUCAAUGUCGCUUUAUUUGCUUGCUUAUUUAGUUAAUUAGCUUAAACAAUAAUUCGAUUGCUAUAUAACUUGUGGACGACUGAAGUAAGGGUAUAUAGAUCGCUUGGGUUGAUAUUUGAAAUACUUACUCUAUGCUACACCCGAUUAUUGGUUACACUUGGCCUAUGAUUGGGUAGUGGUAGUGAGUCAAGUUUUCUGGCACCAUUGCUAGAAUUUAUGUAAUGUCAAUUUACUUUUAACCAUAUAUAAUUAAGUGACUGCAUAAUUAAAUAGGUAAGUCAUUAAUGGUUAUUAACGAGUGUUAUGACCACUAAAAAUAAAAUGUUCGGUUAUAGAUAAAACAUUAUCGUAAUUUAAAAAAAUUAAAAAAUAAUUUCAGCGUCACUUUAAUGUCAUAUAGGGAUGGCAACAAAACCCGAACCCACGUGUACCCACCCGACCCAACCCGGUCAACGCGGGUAAAAUUCGUGUUGACGGGUUUUGGGUUUAAACCCAUUCACUAUUCAUCGGGUUGGGUUGGGUUUUGGUUUAGGUAAACCCGACCCAUGGGUACCCGCCCACACCUAUAUAAUUAAUUUUCUCCGUAUAUUUUAUAUUCUAAACAACUAAUCUUAUUUAUGUUUGUGGAGACAUGUCUAAUUUUUUCUUUUUAAUUGUGUAGAAUUAAGUUGAUGUUAUCGAGUGGAGAGUGUAGAAACUUAGUUGAAAGGAAGAAGUUUUCAAUUAAUCAUGUUAUUUAUGGAUAAUUUGUGAUUUGUUUCAAUUUUCUUGAGUUUUCUAGAUUGGUGUUGAACAAUUUGUAUAGUUAAUUUGUGAUUUGCUUGAAUUUUCUAGAAUGGUGUGUUAUAUAUGGAUAAUUUGUAUUGAGAGAUUGAUAUUUGACUUUAAUUUUGAUAGUAACUUGUUAUUGUAAAGUUUUACGACAAAACCGGUGGGUACCGAUGAACCCGCAGAUACCCAGCGGUUUGGGUUUUUCAAACCCAAUGGGUUUUACGCCAGGUUUUUUUCACGGAUAAACCCAUGAGUUUGGGUUUGGUAAAACCCAACCCAACCCGACCCAUUGUCAUCCCUAAUAUCAUAUGAAAUUAAUCAUUUCAAAUAAUUUAAAAAAGUUUGAAUACAUAUCAUAAACACGAUUCCUUGUUCGGAAUAGAAAUUAGAAAGGGCAAACAAUAUUUCGAUUACAAGUCACAAAUUAGAAGCAACAUAUCCUAAGUGGAGUGAAGGAAACGAGAGAGAGAGACGUGGUCAUUCUCUUUGCCCUUCAAUAGAUUACACACCAUAUCCACACACCACCCUCACCUCAAAUCCACUCAUCCAACACUCUCUAUUUUCCUUCUAAAACCCUCAAUUUUCAUUUCUUUCUCUUUUGUGAAGGACAAAAAAACGAACAGAGCUCCCCUGUUUCUUGCCUACACCUCCUUCUCCACCACACAAAAACUCCCAGGUGGACAGAAAAGGAAAGACGGGCACAAAAGAGAGCUAAAGGAGCCGAAAAUUCCAGCCAGAAACCCACAUAAGCAGCAACUCCAAUGGCGUCUCAAGCAAUGCUCUUCUCUUCAGGGGUUUCCACAAGGCCAGCUGUGGAUUUGAAGAGAGACUCAAUGCUUCAGUUCCAGCAGCUCCACCAAAGUUUAGUGAAGCCCAGCUCAUUCGCAUCUCAUCUCCUCUACAGCCCACUUCCUUCUUCUUCUUCCAGAUCGCUCUCCACUGUCGCUCUAUUCAAAUCCAAAACCAAGGCUGUUCCGAAGAAGGCUCCUCCACCGAAGCCCAAAGUUGAGGACGGUAUCUUUGGGACAUCCGGAGGUAUUGGUUUCACCAAGCAGAAUGAGCUCUUCGUCGGACGCGUCGCCAUGAUUGGCUUUGCUGCUUCUUUGCUAGGGGAAGCUGUAACAGGGAAGGGAAUUCUAUCACAAUUGAACCUGGAAACCGGAAUCCCAAUUUACGAAGCCGAGCCGCUCCUCCUGUUCUUCAUCCUCUUCACCCUGUUGGGCGCCAUUGGAGCUCUGGGUGACAGAGGACGCUUCGUCGACGAAGAGUCGACGGGGCUCGACAAGGCCGUCAUCCCCCCUGGCAAAAGCUUCAGGGCCACAUUGGGCCUUCCCGAAGGAGGGCCGCUGUUCGGAUUCACGAAGGCGAACGAGCUGUUCGUGGGGAGAUUGGCGCAGCUGGGGAUUGCCUUCUCGCUGAUCGGAGAAGUGAUAACGGGGAAGGGAGCUCUGGCGCAGCUCAACAUCGAGACCGGGAUCCCGAUCAACGAGAUCGAGCCGUUGGUGUUGUUCAACGUCCUGUUCUUCUUCAUUGCCGCAUUGAACCCUGGCACUGGCAAGUUCGUUACUGAUGAAGGCGAAGAUUAGAGGGUUUUUUUUUUUUAAUUUAGUGGGUUCAUUCAUCAUGUCUGUCUCAAGCUUUCGGGUUUUGUUGCUGUAAUUUUCCCGGGAAAGAAUAAUUUUUUAUGGGAAUCUGUGUGCUUUAAAUUCCAACGAGAUUAGUACAUGUUACAAUUAAGCCCACUCAAAUCAGCCUCCAACAAACAUAAGAGGUUCAAAGAGGGAUUAUCAACCCAAACAACUUGUCAGUCCCAAUCCGUAAUAGAAUGGGCCAACCAAUGGGCCGUAGCGUUAUUUUUCCUUGGUGUAAAACACCAUUUCACAGCAACACCAGAAAAUCCUUCGUUGCAUCUUGCCAACUUCUUGAUCUCUUCGCACCAGACACCGAGUUUAGAAAAAUCAGUUUCCCCAUUCUCCGACCUCCCGAUCAACAAUUGGAAAUCCGAUUCCACCAUCAAAGGACUGAGACCCCUUCUAUUCGCUUCACAGAGCACGAUAACGAUUGCUUUUGCCUCUGCUUCAAUGGGUCUGCACGAUCCUCUUUCUUUCUUCGCCAUCGCACCACAAAACUUCCCUUCCCAGUCUCUGAUGACGCAACCAAAGCCAACACCCGUUUGAUUCAGAACACCCGCAUCGGAAUUAAGUUUGAAGGUCCCCUCUGGGGGUGGGAUCCAGCCAGAAGAAGCACUGGAACUGCUUUGCUGAUUCUGGGCCACAGAGCUAGAGAUGGGUGGGUCCUAAGCUUCCAAGAACGCAUGCAACCAGCCAAGAGCCUUCGGGAUAAUCUGGUCCUCGUCGAUCUUGCGGUUGUUAAACAUGCGAUUACACCUUUCCUUCCAGAGACUCCAAAGAAUCACGCUAAAUUGUUGUAUCUGAUCCAAACUUGAGCUACUCCAGACUUCUCUCAACCAUUCCAAGCAAGUUCUUCCUUCUUCCAUUUCGAAUAACCCUUUUCCUUCCUAGGUACUCCAUUGGCGGCGUACCGAGCCACACUCCCUCAGAGCAUGCAAUUAAUCUUCAGGCUGUCCAUAGAAAGGGCCUUCCAAGCCAGCAUCUUCACUCCACUUUUCGAUGUUGCAACCCACUGGUAAGAUGUUUCUUCCCAUCCUCCAAAUGAACAUUCGAACCUUAGGAGGGAUAGAGGUUUUCCAUAGACCAAUCCAGAACUUAGUUUCCUCGUCUGUGAUAAAAUUGCGAGAAGUCAUAUUGUGGUUACGACUCUCGAAGAUUCUGUUAUAAGCUGGUUUCACCGAGUACUUCCCAUCAUCUAAGUCAAUCCAAACCCUAGAAUUGCUCCUCAGGGGCCUUCUAAGAGGAAUUUUAGAAAUAAGGCCGCAAUUCAACCUCGAGAACUUCCCUGCAAUCAUGUUAUGAUCCCAAAUACCUCUCUCCUUGUCAAUGAGUUCAGAAACCAACUCAUUUGAAUUCACGGCAUUAGGCUGAGGGUCCGCAAAAAAAUAGCUCUUUCCUGGUAUCCAAGGAUCCUCCCAGAUCCGAAUAGAUUCACCAUCUCCUACACGCCACCUAAAACCCUCCUUGGUCUUCUCUUUAGCAGUCAUGAUGCUUCUCCAGAUGAAACUGGGAUUAUAGCCUAUUUUAGCAUCAAGGAUAUCAGUUCUAGGAAAGUACCUGGCUUUAAGAGUUCUGGCCAUUAGGGAGUUUGGUCUAGAAAUCACGUUCCAAACUUGCUUACCCAACAUAGCCAGAUGAAAAAUUUGGAGGUUAUUUCCCCUUAUGUCCCCACCAGAAGUUAGAGAUCAUCUUCUGAAUUUCCAUCAGAGUCCCUUCAGGAAUCAAAAAAACCAUCAUAGGAUAAAGAACUUAGGCUUGAGCCACAUCUUUGAUCAUUACCUCCUUCCCAGCCUGAGACAUAGUUCUACUUUUUCAGUCUUUUAAUUUCUUUCUGACCCGGAAAGAAGAAUUUUAAGGGAAAACAGAAAGAUGUUCUUAUAUAAAAUAAUUUCAGUAUC